GCGAAGCCUGUCCGGCCGUGUCGGCGGAGCGGGAGCGGAGUGCCGGAGGCAGGACCCGAAGGGGGGGGCGGACGCGCCGGAGGAAAGCCCGGAGGGGAGAGCCUGGUUUGCAAGCCACUCUGCCGAAUUAAUAUGCGAGGUUUGCUGGAGCUGGGGAUACACAACGCCCGCCCAGAGGAGUGCUGGGAGGAACGUGGCUUGAUCUCCCUCUUGUGGAAAAUUAUUGGAACUAUAUUCUGGUGAUACUGAGGAGAAGAAGUCCAGCAUCCACCAGGGAACAAAUGAUGGCAGCAGUUACCAUGCCACCUGAUGCUCUUGUCAGCCCUCAAGGAAGUGAAGAGAUGGACUCUCUAAUUGUACUGCAUUAUAAUUACACAGGAAAGCUUAUUUUAAGGGAAAAGGCAACUGAUAAUAUAGACCUGCCCACUAUUGCAUUUCUGAUUCUAUGUAGUUUCAUAGUCCUGGAAAACUUGAUGGUGUUGAUUGCCAUAUGGAAAAACAAUAAAUUUCACAACCGCAUGUACUUUUUCAUUGGCAAUCUAGCUCUCUGUGAUCUUUUAGCUGGGAUUGUUUACAAAGUGAACAUUCUUAUGUCUGGGAAGAAGACUCUGAGCUUAUCCUCCACAAUCUGGUUCAUUAGGGAAGGCAGCAUGUUUGUUGCCCUGGGAGCCUCCACUUUCAGCUUGCUAGCAAUAGCUAUUGAGCGGCAUUUAACCAUGAUUAAAAUGAGGCCUUACGAUGCCAACAAAAAAUACAGAGUGUUCCUUCUCAUUGGUACGUGCUGGCUCAUUUCAAUUUCCUUGGGUGCCUUACCCAUCCUCGGCUGGAACUGUAUAAACAACUUACCAGAUUGCUCAACAAUUUUGCCUCUGUACUCCAAAAAGUAUGUUGUGUUCUGCAUCAGUAUCUUCAUAGCCAUUUUGGUUGCCAUUGUCAUCCUUUAUGCCCGUAUCUACAUCCUGGUUAAGUCCAGCAGUCGCAAUGUCACCAACCACAACAACUCGGAGCGGUCCAUGGCGCUCCUUAGGACUGUCGUGAUCGUCGUGAGCGUCUUCAUUGCCUGUUGGUCUCCGCUCUUCAUCCUGUUCCUCAUUGAUGUGGCCUGCAGAGUCAAGGAGUGCUCUGUCUUGUACAAAGCCAACUGGUUUAUUGCUCUGGCGGUCAUCAACUCUGCAAUGAACCCAAUCAUUUACACCCUGGCCAGUAAGGAAAUGCGCCGCGCUUUCUUUCGCCUUGUUUGUGGCUGCCUGGUGAAAUCCAAGGUGGCCAGAUCCUUGCCUAUUCAGCCCACACCGGAUCACAGUCGGAGCAAGUCCAGCAGCAGCAACACCCAGAAGCCAAAGGAAGAUUUCCCACCGAUGAACGUUCCCUCGUGUGUCGCCGAGAAAAAUGAAUCUUCAUUUCACAACGGGAACUUCUGUAAGUAAAGGACUCCUCAAGACAAGUACUUUUCCGUGGCUUUUAGAUUUAAACUACAAGUGUAGUUUAAAUAUUCAUGCACUUAAAUCACAGGGGAAGACACUAACCACUUAUUUAACUUUGAGGACUUAUUUAUCAACAAUCAUGUGUUUGGGGUGAUCAUUCAGUAACACACCUGAUGCAGAAAAAAACGAUUCAUGUUGCCCAACAGCCAGGACAGAGUCCGUGUUCAUUUAAGGACAUCACACACCACAAUGGCAUUGCAUGCUGAGACUGUAUUUGGCACUUACUGGUUUUGGAAGACAUCACUAAAACCUGUUAGAAACUUUAGAUUCACUAAAGACUGCUGAUGGUUGGAAAAUAAACCCGAUUAUUGUCAGCUGGGAGAAGAGUUCAUUACGUAUGUUGUAAUGUUGAAUUUAGUUCUCUAUAUGUAUCUUGCUGUUAUGUUAAUGGCCUUAUAUAUAUGUGGUAUAAAUAGCUGUAUAUUUGUACAAUUUCUUACUAAAAAUUCAUUGUUUGGUAAAAGUUUACAAUAUGCUAAACAUUGUAUUGCAGUAUACAGUGUAAGGUGACUAAUUAUACAAAUAGAUGUGUUUCAAUGGGGAUAUUUAAAAUGAAGUAGUAACUUUUAACUGUCAGGAACUUUAACAUGUCAUAUCAAUGCAGUAUUUUUUUUUUUUUUCAUUGUUAUUCAAACUUUUCAUGUUUAGUGAAAGACAAUAUGUCAGUUGUCACUGUGGCAUUUCACAACACAUUUUAAGCAGUAGUAAAUAGCCAUUGAGAGAGGACAUAUAUGUUUGCUAUUUAAAGUAGUCAAAAUGUGACCCCACAAUACACAUGUAACAAAUGUGUAUUCGCAUACUGUUUCAGUGCAUAUAAUUCUGCUUACUAUUUUCAGUGUAUUUAAAAAUUUAUGUCCAACCUAUGUAAACCUGUGUACAUUGUGAAUGCACUACCUGAGCUGAGAUCCUUCAGUUUUGAAACAGAGACAUAUCAUUUCAGAAAGCAAUGAACCACAGUGGGUUCCUAUGGAGUUCCUUCUUUCCAGGCACCACCACAGCAUGGGAUUGUGUCAGGAAUUCUCCCUGGGAAGUUUAGCAAGUGGGACAAUAUCCCAUUUUCUGUCAAUGGGACCCUGCACUUCUAUCACCUCCGGACACUUUUGCAGAUACAGGAGAAAAGAUGCGGUACAACAGGAUCAUACUGAAGGGCAUACCUCCAUUUAUGCCUGACCCUGCCUUGGAUCUGGAAGGAAAGGUUGUUGGUUUGGAAGACCUGGAGCCCCAGCCCCAGCCUUUUGAGAGGCUGUUCCAGAGAAGCCUGAAAGCAACUUUUCGGUUCGUCACUGCGUUACCAGCCUUGGUACAGAAUGGUGGUCAGUGUCAAAGGGUUCCCUGAGACCCAGAGUGGUUAAGACUUCAUAAACAUCUGGUUUCAAGUCCUCAUGGAGGCAGCCCGUGGCACUUCCAUCAAUAAUCCUUUAUGGCUGGAGGCUUCAGUGAAGUUUGGCAGGAAAUUCUGAGACAAGUUCCCGUUGUCUUUCAGUAAGAAUGUCUUUGUUGGGCUCUUUCAAAGAUUUGUGUUUAAGGUCUCAAGACACACCUUGUCUUAUGCACAAUCAGAAGUAAUUGAGGCUUUUUUAACGCACAGCCUGAAAGAGCUCAUCCUUAGCUUUAAUCUGGUCUUAAUCAUUUAAAGCAGCAGCAUUAGACUAUUCCCAAAUAUGUGUAGUGUGUAAGCUGUGUAAUGUGUGUAGCAAAAGCCUUUAAAAUGUAGAGGUUUGCAUUGUGAUUAUCUUUUACAAAUUAACGGUCUGCUUGUAAAUAUUUUAUGCCUUUAGAAGAGUGUGUAAGAACAAAGAACUGUAUUUGAGUGAAAUAACUGUGAAAGAGAGUAGUAAAUACAAAAUAAUUUCUACCAAAAAUGUUGAAAAGCAGUGCACUUAGAGAAGAAUGAAAAGCUAAACCAAGCAAAGCGUGAUAUAACUAUAUGGACUGCAGAUACAGACUGCAGGCUCUGUAACUUUGUGAGAAAUAGAAAUGGUGACAUUGCAUUGCCAUGGCUUGCUUAGGGUUUUAGGUCUUACACUGCUUUUUGGCUGCAUUGUAGAAGUUCUUCCCUGAGGCUGUGUCUUUGAAAACUGCCAGCUAAGAUAUUUGUGUACUUGUAACUUAGUUCACAUGGUGGUGGCAUUUGGCAACAUUCCUUGCUAUUGUACAACAGACAGGCCUUAGGAACACAAAGGUUUGAGAAAACAGGGUAGCUGAACCCACACCAACCCUCAUGUCAGUGAUGUCACGUGAUUCUUGCUAUUUGGGGGGGAGGGGGGAAGUGGUUUUUAAUAGCCAUAGUCCAAGAAAAGUGAGCUUUAUCAUUUGCAUUUUAUCCUUAGCUAUUGUCAGUAUUGGUGCAAGGUACUGGUAAUUCAGGCAACUCCACUGUUGGAGGCCAUGGGAUUGCCCGUCAGUACAAAAACCUUCCAUUCUACUUUGAUUUCCUUUUCUUAUUUUGGAGCUGUGGGGAUAUUUUGUUAGUUCACUUUCCUGCUGUACUUAAAGCAGGCUUCCAAGAUUCAAAUAUAACACUGAUAAUAUAAUUUACAAAAUACCUAGGACUGAAGAGAAACAAAAAAAAAAACCCUAUUGUUGACACAAUCUUCAGUGGGCACAUUCCACUGGGAAGUUUUACGUAAGGCAUGUAUCGUGGAAGAUUUCAGAACAGAAUUUUAAAAUAGGACAAGUCAAGAGCUUAACAGCAGUGGACAUUAAACAACCAAGAAUAUGAUGUAUCCUUGAAGCUGGGAGAAGAUGGAGAAUAUUUCUUUAACCCUAAAAUAUUAGAAAAUUCCUUCAAACACACCCCAGAAUCCAAGCUUGUUACCAUCUAAGCUGAUUUGAGCAUACAAAAAACUGAAUAAGGUCUCCAUUUCAAUUGGUUUUAUGUGGAGCAAAGGCUACAAAGGGCACUUAACCUUUCAUUCAUAUUAUUUCAUUAAUUGGAAUGUUUGGGGUUUUUUUUCUGGAUUACAAAAUAAAUGCUAACCCAGCCACCUAUGGAGAAAAUAAAGGUUUUCACAAGCUGCUUACCAAGAGUCUUUUAUUGCCAACAGCCUUGUAGAGUAUUUGCCACUGAUUAGGUACCAUAAACAUUUUGAAAACUUUUAAUAAAAGAACUCAAACCUUUGA